UGGUAGAAGCAGCGUCGUUUCGUGAAAAACAAAAAUAGCUUUAAAUAUAAGUAAAUUUAAUGAGUUUUAUCAUUAUUGUAUAAUUAUUUAUAAUAACCCAAAUCUAGAAAUCAUUUUACAAACCAUUACACAGUCAUGAAUUUAGAAUUACUUGAAUCUUUUGGACAAAACUACCCAGAGGAGUUUGAUGGGUCUCUUGACUCGAUAUCUCUGGCGGCGACGUGCGCGUUCAACCGCCGAGGAACCUUGCUGGCAGUGGGAUGCAAUGACGGAAGGAUAUUUAUAUGGGACUUCCUUACUAGAGGAAUUGCGAAAUCAAUAUCAGCUCAUGUGUAUCCCGUUUGCAGUCUUAGUUGGUCUAGAAAUUGUAGAAAGCUCCUAUCAGCGUCAACAGACCACAAUGUUUGCAUCUGGGACAUCCUGACCGGGGAAUGUGAGCAACGCUACCGCUUCCCAACGGCCAUAGUACGAGUUCAGUUUGAUCCGCGCAAUGACAAGAGAUUCCUUGUGUGUCCAAUGAGGCAUGCUGCGUUGCUGGUUGAUACGGAUGGAGAUCACAACAUUCUGCCGAUUGACGAAGAUGGCGACAUAAACGUGAUAGCGUCAUUCGACCGGCGCGGCGACUACGUAUACACUGGCAACACCAAAGGCAAGAUCCUGAUCCUGGACUCUCAGACGCUGGCGAUAAAGGCCAGUUUCAAGAUCACCGUCGGCACAUCCAGUACAACGGGGAUCAAGAGCAUAGAGUUCGCUAGGAGAGGAGAUUGUUUUCUGGUGAACACAUCUGACCGCGUGAUCAGAGUGUACGACACGACCACAGUCAUUAAAAGCGGCGUCAAUGGUGAACCCGAGCCCAUACAGAAACUACAAGAUCUUGUUAACAAGACAACAUGGAAGAAGUGCUGUUUCUCCGGCGACGGAGAGUACAUCUGCGCCGGCUCGGCGCGGCAGCACGCGCUUUACAUCUGGGAGAAAAGCAUCGGGAACCUCGUCAAGAUCCUGCACGGAACCAAAGGCGAAUUGUUGCUCGAUGUGGUCUGGCAUCCCAUCCGACCCAUCAUAGCCAGUAUUAGUGCAGGUGUCGUGUCAAUCUGGGCGCAAAACCAGGUGGAGAACUGGUCGGCCUUCGCGCCCGACUUCAAAGAGCUGGACGAGAACGUCGAAUACGAGGAGCGAGAGAGCGAGUUCGAUGUGGCUGAUGAAGACAGAUCCGUGGACCAGGCGGGCGAGAGUCGGGACGAUGAGGACUUUGAGGUGGACGUAACGACGUGCGAGCCCGUGGCCGCGUUCUGCAGCUCCGACGAGGAGGGUGAGGACGAGGGCAUGCUGCACUUCCUGCCCAUAGCGCCAGAGAUUGAAGACCCGGAGGAUGGCUGGGCGGCGACACAGGAGACUGCCACGCCUACAGAGACCCCCGAAAAGCUUGAACCGGCCGCCAAAAGGCCGAAAAGCAAGACCUACGAUAUCUCCCUCAAAAUAGCACCGCCUGAACAACCACUGUCGUUCAGCGGCAAGAACAAGCAGGCUGCGGGCAGUAAAAAGGUAGCUGGAAGACCAAGAAAAUAAACAAAUAUAUUUACGUAAAAAUCUC